GCUGUGGAAUGGGCCUAAUGCUUGGAAAAAUACCAAAACAUAACGCACAUUGCAAUAUCAGCUGUUUCCAUUGGACUUCUUGAGAAGAUAAAGAUCGGAGUUUUAACAAUAUUACGCUUUAUUCAGACGCGUUUGCCCCAAAUGGGCAAAUCCAAGAAGAAAAGGAAUCCCAAAAAGCAACAUUGGCACAAGCGCGGAUCGGCCUCCAAAAUGGCUUCAAAUAUCCUGCUGAAGCUGGCGGCCGAGGAUUUAAAAAAAGGCGGCGGUCCUGAAAACACGGUCGCAGUACCAGAAACAGGGGCCUCCAGUUCAAACACCUAUAUGCCCAAACCAGUGGUUAAGCCCAAUGGCUUCAGGAAGAUUCGAGACCCUAAGCCAAAGAACGCUCCGAAAAGACUGAAGCGCAAUGCAAUUCAGAACAAUAAACUCACCCGAGAUAUGAUAUCCAAGCUCUUGAACUCUAUUAAAAAGAAGUAUGCAGCGCAGAAAAAUCCUCAUAUCAAGCGUAGGUUGGACUUCCGCAGAAGGCAAUCGCCAACAAAGAACGUCGUUCUUCCCAAGCCCAAGUUCUAUAACCAGAAGGACGACAGUAUUGAAGAAGGCCAAAUCGUCGAAGAGUUGGAGAGCAGCGACGAUGACGACUGCGUGUUGCUGGAAACUCCAAACGAAUCCAUUAGCAUUCUAGAUGACGAGGAUAAUGGGCCCAGCACAAGUGACCAGCUACCAAAAAAAAUAGUUAUAGAUUGUAAUGGCGAGGCUUCUUUGCGUAUAAAGCCGAAAACGCAAAACGCAGUUUUGUACUCUACUAUCGCAAAAGCGGAUUUUUCAGACUCCAUCAUCAACUUGGAUGAAUCCUCCGAAGCUGUCCAAUGUCCAAUUGUUGAAAACAACGACUCAGUUAUAUUUAUUGAGGACUCUACCGGAGAUUUUUUCAUCCCGAUCCCGUCGUCCUCGCCGCCGUUGCGAACAGAAAAGAAGCGAAGAAGUGCUAGACUUUCGGAAACGCCAAGAAAAAAGACUGCGCGAAUGAAUGACAGCCUGUUCACCACUGCCGAAAAGAAGAGACUUGGAGACUAUAACAGCAACACAUUUAAUCCCACGGAGGAGGCAGGAGAGACCUUUAAUAAGCCGAAAACGAAUAAGAGGUUUAUUAUCAUCGAUGGUAGCAAUGUCGCCUUUGCCCAUGGCAACUCAAACGUCUUUUCAUCAGAGGGAAUAAAGUAUUGCUUGCAGUAUUUCGAGAAAAUGGGUCACGAAGUUAAGGCUGUGAUUCCAAUGUUUCGGAAAAACAACUUCAAGUCUUCAAAUCCCGAGCUUCUCGAUAAGCUGCACAAGGAAGGCAAGAUUGUGUUUACGCCGUGCAAAAACAUUCCCGGUCAAAUGUCGUCUAGCUACGAUGAUCGUUUCAUUUUGCAGCUGGCAUACGAAAAGAAUGCUGCCGUGGUUUCCAACGACAACUACAGAGACCUGAUUAAUGAAAAUCCUGCCUUUAAAAAGAUCGUUGAGAAUCGAGUCCUUGGUUACUCCUGGUGCGACAACAUAUUCAUUUUACCCAAGGAUCCUUACGGCCGCUGGGGACCUACGCUCGACGAAAUUUUGAGGUGCUAAUGUGCCUUGCCCUAUAUUUAUUUUCAAAUUAUUGUUUAGUUUCGUGUUAUUUUUUUGUUAGAAGCUUUAGUUGCUGAUCAUUCAACGUUCUUUUCCUAAUAUUAUUUUUUCCUAAUAUUAUAAUUUUUCAAGUAUCGUUAAGUUGGUCAAAACAUAAGAAAUAUUACGUUUUCAUAUGAUUAAUAUUGUAAGGAUCCUGCAAAAUUAUGAAGUUCUCUAAAAGCAUAGCAUAGUUUCCGACCUGAAAAGUGUUUUCAUAUGUAAGUGUUUUCAUUGUAAAAAUCCUGCAAAAUUAAGCAGUUCUCCAAAAGCAAAGUUUAUUUACAUUGGCAACACUGUACAGUGUCUUGUAGGAUGUAUAAAAAAUAAUAAAUUUCUCAGAAGU